AUGAAAAGAAGCGAAAGAUCGACAAAGCGUGAUUCAUCUUAUUGGGAGUAUGUUGAUGCUUAUCAUUCAGUUCAAAAUAGCAACACCUCAGUCAGACCCUGUGCAUCAUCUUUUGAACCACCGAAGCCAGCAAGGAUGAUCCCCAUGUUGGAUCAAUUUCCGCCAUUUAUGCAUGGUUUCAUUGAGGAUGUUGUUGAUGUGAAAGCAGAUGAUAAUUGUGGAUAUCGGUCAGUUUCCGCUUUGUUAGGUAUGGGAGAAGAGUGUUGGGCCAUGAUGCAUAACGAAUUGAUUAAAGAACUUGGCAAAUGGUCGCAAGACUACAUAAAGAUCUUUGGUGGCACGGAGAGAUAUGAACAGUUGAGGUUGUCCCUACACGUGGAUGGGUUAUCCAAGGUUAGUAUGGACAAAUGGAUGGAUAUAACGGAUAUGGGAUAUAUAAUUGCGUCAAGAUAUAAUGUUUAUCUGAAAGAUCGUUUUCCCUUACCGCCUAUGGCAUUGUUGUGGUCAAGCAAUGCGUGUCCGGAGGCAAAACAACGGCCAACUGCAUAUGUAGGUAGAAUGUAG